UUAACUCUUUUUUUUAUACUAUUUUUUUACCCUAUUAAUUUUUUUUUAAAAAAAAAUAAAUGGCCUCGAUAACAGAAUUUGUUAAACGUCCUGGUUUAGGUCGUUUAGGUCGUCCCGUAAGAGUUAGAGCAAACUUUUUUGAAGUAACGGCUCUACCUGAUGCUAAUAUUCACCAUUAUGAUAUUGAUAUUUCACCGGAAGUUCCGCCUGCUAUGAACAGAAAAAUUUAUAAACACUUUGAAGCUUUGCAUUCAGAGAAAGAUCUUGGUAAAAUAAAACCCGUAUACGAUGGUCGUAAAAAUCUCUAUACUGCUAAACCAUUGCCCUUUGGUGAAUCUGCUGCUUUCGACGUAACUCUACCAGAAGACGAUGGUACCCCGUCUGGUAAAAGGCCUGCACGUGCUUUUAAAGUUAAAAUUAAGCUUGUUAAUAAAAUAAAUAUGGAAGAACUUCACAGAUUUCUUGAGGGAAAGGGGUCUAUAUCACCAAACAUUUUAACAGGUAUUAUGGCUCUUGAUAUAUUAAUUCGCCAUAAACCAUCAAUGGAACAUGCUACUUUUGGAAGAUCAUUCUUCACUAAACAAGGCUCACGACCACUUAACGGUGGGGUGGAAGUUUGGCAAGGAUAUUAUCAAUCAGCGAGGCCUACACCAAAAAAAAUGAUGAUUAACGUUGAUUUAAGCGCUACGGCCUUUUAUGAAGGUGGUAGUCUAGUACAAAUGGUAGUAAAAAUGCUCAACAAACGAAGCGUUGAUGAUCUUAGGAGAAUUCAUGAUAGGGAUCGUACAAAGCUUGAAAAAUCUCUGAAGAACUUGAAGGUUUAUGUUACUCACCGUGGUGAAAAUGCUUCAAAACGUCGAUUGAGAAUAACUAAAUUAACCAAUACUCCAGCUUCAAAUACUAAAUUUGAAGUUAAUGGUCAACAAAUCGAUGUCGCUACGUACUUUUUUAAUACAUAUAAUAAACGUUUACAAUAUCCAUUUCUUCCUUGUGUUGUCGUCCGAAAGGAGACCUAUUUACCAAUGGAAAUAUGUAACGUGGUCGAGGGACAACGUUAUAUGCGCAAAUUAAAUGAAAGGCAAACAGCCGACAUGAUAAAAUUUACUUGUCAGCCACCAAGUGCCCGUGCCAAUAAAAUAAGUCAAGGUUUACAAAUACUUGAUUAUCGACAAAAUGAGUAUAUGCAACAAUUUGGUUUGAAAGUAUCUACUGAAAUGGCUGUAGUUCAAGCUAGAGUAUUGCCCGCACCAAAAUUACAAUAUCAUCCCACCUCCAGAGAUGCUAAUUUUACUCCAAGAGAUGGUUCAUGGAAUUUAAGAGAUAAAAAAGUAGCUACUGGCGCUACACUUGGUUCAUGGGCUUGUGCUGUUUUUGGAAAUGAAAGAGAUUAUCCGAUGGCUGCUGUACAAAAAUUCAUUAGGGAAUUGGUUACCACAUGUCAAGACACUGGAAUGAAUAUUCCAAAUAAGAAUCCACCUAUUCAACAUUGUAACCCUCAGGGUCCAAUUGAAACUUCUUUGAGACAAGUUUGGGUUAAGGCUGGAAACUUGGCUAAAUCAAAACCUCAGCUGAUUCUUUGUAUUCUCCCCAACACUGGUGUACCGUUAUAUGCCGAAAUUAAGCGUGUUAGUGAUACCGUAAUUGGCGUCGCUUCUCAAUGCAUUCAGGGAAAACAUAUGUUUGCAGCAAAGAAACAAUAUUGUGCCAACGUUUGUCUAAAAAUGAACGUUAAACUUGGCGGGAUGAAUUCAUUUAUCGACCCAACGCAAGUACCUUUCAUCACACAGCGCCCGACUAUCCUUAUGGGUGCUGACGUUACUCAUCCUGCUCCAGGUGCAGAGAAUACGGGUCGUCCAUCUAUUGCUGCUGUGACUGCUUCAAUGGAUGCAAAAGCAUCUCGCUAUGCCGCUUCCAUUCGCGUCCAAACGGGUAGACAGGAAGUAAUUAGUGAUUUAGCCGAGAUGGUUAAGGAACUGUUAAAAACCUUUUAUCAAACAUGUGGAAGAAAGCCUGAUCGUAUUUUAUUUUACCGAGACGGAGUUUCUGAAGGCCAAUUUUCUAUAGUACUAAAGGAUGAAGUCAAGGCAAUAAAAGAGGCAUGCAAAUCACUUGACGAGAAAUAUAAACCAACUAUAACCUUUGUAAUUGUGCAAAAACGUCAUCACACUCGCUUUUUCCCAAUGGAAAGUAAAGAUGCCGACAGAACAGGAAACUGUCAACCUGGUACGGUAGUCGAAUCAGUAAUAACUCAUCCUUUUGAAUUCGACUUUUAUCUUCAAAGUCAUCCUGGUUUACAAGGAACUUCACGUCCGACACAUUAUCAUGUUUUACUUGAUGAAAACGGAUUCAACUCUGAUUCACUUCAAACGUUAUCGUACAAUUUGUGUUAUGUUUUUGCUCGGUGCACUCGUGCAGUUUCUCUGGUACCUCCAGUGUAUUAUGCACAUUUAGUUUGUGCUAGAGCAAGAUUUCAUGCGAGUGGUGAAAAUUGGAGCGAUCCAGAUACUUCAGAAGGUGCUGGGGGGGUUGCGAGUUAUGCUGCGGUAAAAGCUGAACUGUUAAAGGUUAUGUACUUUAUGUGAAAAAAGAGUGUUGGAUAUGAAACAAAUUAUUAUAUGUUUUGUAAAAAAAAUUUCCCCCACCCCACCCCUCAAUAAUUAUAAAUUUUAUUCGCAUUUAUUUAUAUAUUUUAAAUUUAUAUAUUCUAAAAAGUAGAAAUUAAUAAUAUAGUCAAUAAAGAAAAAAAGUUGUUUUGCAUUUGGUCAUUCGUUGGGUUUUAGUAAAUAAAAAAAUCAAGCAUUUAUAUU